AUGUCAAUGCUGCAGUUGCUGAAGAGGGUUGCACAGUAUUCAAGUUAUAGCGGUGACACGAAUCAGGGUUCAUAUCAGCAUGGUGGCUCAAGUUCAAGUGAUGAGGGUUUCGGCGAUGGAAUAGAGUCAAGUACUACAUCGACUCGGAAUUAUGAUGAAGGUGAAAAUGCCAGAGCCAGUAUCACUACAACGAACGCAGCAACAGCACCAGCAACCUUCAACUCAGAUCUUUUGAAUCCAGCAGACUCAUCCUCAACUUCCGGCACUCCAGACUAUACUAUAUCACCAUCGACAAACACUGCAACUGCGACUGCGACUGCAACUACGACCUCAAGUUCCAUGUCUACAUCAACAACCACAGCCGCCGUUCAUUCGUCAGGAGGACUAUCAACAACGACAAAACUUGCCAUUGCAAUUCCAGUCGCAGUUGUCGGUGCCUUGAUCAUCCUGAGCAUAAUAUUCUUCUUUUUACGUCGCCGUCGUCAGCAACGAAAUACCAUCAACGCUGCAGGCUACGAAGUGGCUAAAGACCAACCUCAUGUUGUCUCAACAUCACAGCUUAUGAUUGCCGUACCAACAAGAGAAUCAAGACCUCAACCGGAACCGAGUCUCCCCCGUUUUCCGAUGUUAGAUGUUCCGGAUAGUCGAGAUGGCGAAAUAAGUCCGGGUACUUCGACGACAGACCAUACGUCAGGACAUGAAAUGGGAUUUGGAAUGGCGCUCUCAAACAAUCCUCGCUCUAGUACAACAGAACAGGAUCUCCGAGGUAUUAGUCGCUCUGCUUCGCCGGCUAAUGCUGUGGAAUCACAACUCCGGGCUCGAAAUGGUACAAGAGAGGAUGAUGCUGUCUCUUUGGUUUCAGAUUAUCAUGACCAGAAUGGUACCCAUGAACAUGAUUAUGAUGAUUUGUCUUCUGUCUCGUCUUUUGGUGGUGUUAGCUCGCGGCUGAAUGAUCACCAGCAUCCAUUUUCAUGA